AACCGAAUUCCAUCGUAUUUUUUUAAACUUUCGACUAUGUUUUCUCUCUCGGUUAUAUCACUCUGCUUUUCGCUACCAUCAAAUCAAGUUCAGUAUCCUUCCUACAGCAGUGCUUGCUUCAAUCCAUAGAAGUCAUAACAUCCAGAACGGAAAAAUGAUGGACUUCUUCAUAGCCAGUAAUCACAAUGAGAAAGCCUCGAAACCAGAAAAUCCAGAACCAGCACAGACAGGUUUCAACGAACUACCCAUGGAGCUGCUACUCAAGAUCAUGAAAAUGAUCUCCUUGGAUGACCGCAUCGCCGCUGGGGUAACCUGCCGUCGAUGGUUGGAGGCUUCCCAUUACUACACUCCAUUCAACGAGAAACUCAUUUAUCGUUUUUCCAACAUUCACUUCUCCGAUUAUGAACCUCCCAUACAACAUUUCCUAAACGGAUUCAGAAUCUUCCCACGGAUUGAGGCCACAUCGGUGACUUUCAUUGGCAACAGUGACUUCUGGCCCGACUUUGGCGAAUUUAUUCUGGAGCUGACGCUGAAGAACUGCUUGAUUCGUGACAUAGAACUUGUUUGGGUUCUCCAACAUGUACCAAACCUUCGAAAGCUGAAAAUCGAGUCCUGUGACGAACUGUUCAGAAUGUGGCAGUUCGACAAAAAGUUCCGCUGCUGUGAAUCGAGCUUCGUUUUGGAAAAUCUCUACGAUGUGUCCCUUGCGAACAACGACUUCAUGGAUGAAAUGCACUUCAACUGGAUCAUGACAAUCGCACCCAACAUCACCCAGUUGGACAUAUCCAAUUGUUUUAAAAUGGUUACUGCUCAAAGGCGCGUGGCAAUGGUUGAUCAUGUGAUGCGUUUUAUCAACAAAAGUCGUUUCCAACUGGAAGCGUUGAAAUUCAGCGGAACGCUCUCCAUCGAUGACAUCUGCCUCAGCACCUUAGCCAUGCUGGAAGGGCUACGCCUAGAAAGUCUCAGCUUGACGUUUUGCGAUAAGAUUCCACCGGCAAUCAUCGACCUUCUAAGACGACAACCUGACCUGAAGAUCAACCAAGCUCUACAGUUCAAAUUCACCAGCAAGAAAACUGUCAAAACCAUGAAAACCCCCGGCUUCAUUAGCUUCCUCACUAGCCAACCGGACCUCGUCCACCUGGACCUUUCACAAUCUCUGGGUGUCACGGACGAAAUCAUGGAACUGAUCACCAGCUAUCUACCUAAAUUGAAGACGCUGAAGCUACGCCGCUGCAUUUUGAUCACCGACGAAGGCAUUAUGGACAUUGUCAAGCUGGAACACCUGGAAGUGCUAGACCUUUCCAACUGUGAAAAGAUCUCCGAUCGUGCCAUGUUCCACGGAGUGAUCGGGCGUAAGAUAAAAAACCUGAAAGAGCUAUACCUCUGUGAACUGCCCAGUCUCAGCGAUUACUCGCUGAUCCAGGUGACGUUGAACUUCGAACUGAUUGAAAUCCUGGACCUCAGCAGUUCUCCGAAUGCGGCCACGGAUGCCACCUUGCAGUACAUCAACUUCUAUCUGGUGCACCUCAGACAGCUGAUCCUGUACUGCUGCACCAAGGUGACGGACGCCGGAUUCACGGGAAUCGAUUUACCGUACAAGCCGUUGGAAAUUUGGGACAUAUCCGAGUCGUUUUCAAUCGAUAGAUUGUUUAAACUGCGAGUGCUGAAUCUUAGCGGCUGUUACAGGAUAACGGAUGUGUUGCUGCAGAAGGGACUUAUGUUUGGUGAACUGAAGGAGCUGCACCUGGCGAGAUGUUCAUUGAUCACGGAGGAAGGCAUAGCCGAAAUGGUACUCAACAACAAAUCCAUCGAGUAUCUGGACCUGAGCGAAUGUCCCAACAUCAACGAUCGCUGCAUCGAGCUGAUCACCGCCAACCUGAAGCGCCUGAAAACGCUCAAAGUCAACAAGUGUCCGCUACUGACGGAUGACUGUCUGUGCAUCAUAAGCCUCAACUGCCACUAUCUGAAGUUCUUUUACAGCACGUUUCAAUGAACGGUUGCUUCAAGCUCAGCAGAGUCGAAGAACGGCUAUCCCGGAUACCGACAAUGAAAGUGGUGAACAGCUAGUACAACUGCAAGUAGAUCAACAUUGUAAACUAUCGAUUACCCAUGCUUGUUAGAUAUAGUAAAAGAAUAAAAGCACGCUUCUAAAUUUAACCCACAAGUGUAGUAGG